GGUGAGCACCCAGCCAGCCCCUCUGGGAAUAUGGCGACCGGUGGCUACCGGACCAGCAGCGGCCUCAGCGGCAGCACCACAGACUUCCUGGAGGAGUGGAAGGCGAAGCGCGAGAAGAUGCGCGCCAAGCAGAACCCCCCGGGACCCUCAGCCCCGGGCGGGGGCAGCAGCGACGCGGCCGGGAAGCCCCCGGCGGGGGCGGUGGGCACUUCGACGGCGGCUGCCACGGCCAACGAGCUCAACAACAAUCUCCCAGGCGGCUCGGCCGCACCUGCUGUCCCCGGCCCCGGGGGCGUGAACUGUAGUGUCGGCUCCACCGCGCUGGCUCGGGCGGCCCCCGGCCCGCGGCGGCCAGAGGACGAGACCCCCGCCGCCGCCGCCUCCGGAGCUCCGCCGCCUCGGGGUGAAGAGGAGGAACCGGAUAGCGCCCCGGAGAAGGGCAGGAGCUCGGGCCCAAGUGCCAGGAAAGGCAAGGGGCAGAUUGAGAAGAGAAAGCUGCGGGAGAAGAGGCGCUCCACCGGCGUGGUCAAUAUCCCCGCGGCAGAGUGCUUAGAUGAAUACGAAGAUGACGAAGCGGGGCAGAAAGAGCGGAAGCGAGAAGAUGCAAUUACCCAGCAGAAUACAAUGCAGAAUGAAGCUGUAAGUUUAUUAGAUCCAGGCACUUCCUGUCUGCCACCGGAAACAUCUAGAACUGUUUCAGGCAGAUAUAAAAGCACAACUACUGCCUCUGAAGAUGAUGUCUCAAGUAGAUAUACCCGAAUAGACAGAAGUGGGUUCAGUAGGUACAACAGAGAUGCAAAUGUUGCAAGUAAUUUGGUCUCAAAUAGCACAUUGGAAAAGAAAAUUGAAGAUCUUGAAAAGGAAGUAGUAAGAGAAAGGCAAGAAAACCUAAGACUUGUGAGACUGAUGCAAGAUAAAGAGGAAAUGAUUGGAAAACUCAAAGAAGAAAUUGAUUUGUUAAAUAGAGACCUAGAUGACAUAGAAGAUGAAAAUGAACAACUAAAGCAGGAAAAUAAAACUCUUUUGAAAGUUGUUGGGCAGUUGACAAGGUAGAAGAUUCAAGGCCCAAUAUGGAAAAAUAUUUUAAUAACUACUGAUUGAAUGUUACGAUUAAUGCUAGGACAAUAUUCCUAUGCUUGCAAUACAUUAAAGUAACUAUGUAUAUUUAUUUCUAGAAAAUGGAUGUUUAUUUUCAAAAUAUUUCUUUUUCAUUAUUAGUUUCAAAAAAGCAUCAAUCUUUUAUUUCAUAAAUAACAUCUUUCAGUUAUUGAAAUGAUAGGUAAUGUCUCUUUAGGUUUUGUGUGGUAUUCAAAUAAUAUAUGGUUUAAAGUCACAGCCGUUUGAAUAUAUUUUAUCUGUUAGUACAUUUUCUUCAUAAAGGUAUAUCCAUAGUCAUUGUUUACAUGAAUUCAAAUAUUUGGGGGAAUUACCUACAAAUGCCUUAUUUUGCUGUGUGCAGCCUUUUAUAUGUUGAAGACUUGGUCAUUAAGGUCUUUUUCUACUGUCAUUUGUUCUUUCCACUUAUUCCAAAUGAUUUAGAGUAACAAGUAGUAGUUGCAGUAUUUUGUGUAACCGUAAUCUUUUAAAGGAAAGCUGUUAUAAAAAGUCACUUAAUAUCAUGUCCUAGUUGCCUAAAAUCCAGAGAAUGCUUGAAUUAUGCUAUAGUAAAUGAGUUUACUAUUUUGUCUUUGAAUAUUGAAAAAUUUUUCAAUUACUUCAGCUUCUUAAAAACACAGUUGUAAUUUUAAUCUGUAAUUUCCUGUGUAAGUACUACUUUUUUUUUGUCCCAAGUUUUAUUAGUGAAUAUGGUAUAUUUUAAAAGAUGUUUAUUCAUCAGGCCUCAAAAAUGUGUUUAAUUUCAAUGUUUAAGAAGAAAAUUCAGCAUUUUAUUAUCCAUAUGCAUGAAAAUCAGAAACAAAAUAUUUAUCCACACUUAAGACAUUUAUACAUAUUUUAACAAUAUGUAAGCAGAAGUAGUACUAAAAUACAUUGCCUCAUUUCUAAGUUGGAAAAUCCUUUGACAGUGUUUCUCAUGAGUCCAUUCACCUAUACCAGUUUUAAGGGCUUUUUCUUUGUAACACUGAAAUUUUAAAAAAGUUAUUUUUUUUUAAGAAUUAUAAACAUGGUCUCUCCUAUUAAAUAUUCUUAGGGUUGUUUUAUAUUACAUUUUUAUGUUGAGUAAGAGCCCACCUCCUUCCUUAACAUACAUUAAGGAUGUCUGCCUGGUAGUGAAUCUCAAGUAGUAGUAAUGAUGUCCUUUUAUCCUGUCAAUGUAUGAAAGUGGCUUGAACAAAAUCCAUUUUGGUUACCCUUUUCUUUUUUUCCUUUACUUGCAAGCUCAUGCAUUUAUUCACUGUUAGAAAAAUAGGGAAGGUAAGACAGUUGGGAGAAAAUGUGGAAUAAUUAUAAAUAUCAAAUGUUGAAUUCUGAAAAUUUCUAUGUUCACCCAAGUUAUCUUUUCCCACUCUCCACUUGGGAAGUUUCAAGAUUGGGUGAUCAUCAAACUCACUUGAGAAACUACAAAGAGUUUCCGAGUUUAGUUCCUGAAUAGGUUUAAGUUGAAAUCCUGGAUUCAAGAAUUUUUAAAGUUUAUGAUCUGAUGAUUCUGAUUAUAACUUAGUUUUGGAAUCAGAUACUAUUGUGUUUGUGUCUUUGCUCCAGUAAUUCCCAGUGAAGAUCCUGAAACCGACAAUUUCAGUUAUCUGUAUUUUCCUCUUUUUAGUUUAUUUAAUGAUUAAUCUGGUUCAGGGAGCAGUUUUUAUGUCCAUAUAAAUGUUUACUGCUCGAUAUUAGAUUCCAAAUUUGGUAUAGUUACAGAAUUACUAUUAAGCAUUUCCUUCCUAGAUUUUUACUUAGUAUAGGAACAGUGUUCUGCUGCCCACAUGUCAAAGUAGUGUGCUAGGCCUAGUUACCAUGUUGGUUGUGAGGUACUCAUCUCUCUUUAGCCAUCCUUAGGUAUAUGACAGAAAUGUCCCCAUUUCCUAAUUCUUCUUUACCUUUUAUAUGUUGUGAAGAUGUUGUUAGUAUUCAACCUCAAAAAUAUAUUGGUAUAUUGGUUUUUCAGUACAAGAAUUACUUUGAAUUUUCUACUUAAUUCAUUAUAUAAAUAAAGGAACAAUUCAUUUUACUUGUAAAAAUUACAUCAGUUACAGAAGUUUUAAAGACUGAGCUAUUUUGAAAUUUUCCCUUCUUUUAAUGGGAACAUUUCAAUUUUUGCUUUUUUAUCUUAAUGAUACCAAGGGCAUAUACAAUAAUUGCCUGACAAUUUAGGCAAAGCAUUUCACAUGCAGUCCUUCCCCCACCUCCUUAGAAUGUGUAUGUAUUUCACAUACAAAUUUUUACCCUAUUGAAAAAUGAAUAGGAUCUGCUCCAAUUUCUCUUUGAAAUUUAUUUAAAAUGUUGAGACUUUAAAAUGUUAACCUAAGUAAUGUGUACUGCCCUAGAAAAUUUCAUAUUUUCAGUAAAGUACAAGUAAUUUAUGAAAUUUAGUCCUAUUAGGAAAUAUUGUUUCUCAUAUUUCCUGGGAAUUUGUGGCAAAAUAAAGCACAUACAGAGUUCUAAUGUAUUUAUGACAUCAUUUUCUAAAAGUUUAUUAUCUUUAAGAUGAACAUGACUUGCCACCCUAAUUCUUCUAUGGAUUACUUAAAAAUAACUACUAAUCUUUAUUUCAUUUUCUAGAAUUAUUGAUAAUUUUAUUGUAAUGCAAUUAUUUUUAGAAAGGAAGGAGAAGGAUUUGUGAUGUCUUUUUAUCUGAGAGAUUUACUAAAUAAUAGAUUAUAGCACUGUUACACUUAGUCAAGUAGUUUAAAAUUUAGAAAAGUAAGUAUUGGGGCAAGCACAUGAAGCAGUGUAGUUUUAUUUUUUUCUUAAUAAAUUUUAAAAAUGUUAAAUUGUGAUAGAAGCGCAAUGUGUUCUUAAGGUGAAAAACCUACCUCAGUUAUAUUUGGUUUAUGUUUUCUGGAGUAAUCUGGAUUUUUAUAAUUAGAAAUUAAAUGUAAAUUUUUGAGUCCACGUUUACUUUGUUGAAAACAGUACAGGUCCAUGUAGUAGAAAUAUCCAUAUGCUCAAUACCAUAAGACGAAACAAUGAAGACCUUGGAUUUGAUAUUGGUCUGAUGUCCUAAACAACCUUCACAUUUUGGUUUGUAGUUUUAUGAAUUUGAGUAACUAGUAAGUUCCAAGUAGUGUUGGUACUUACUUAAUAACUAAUCAUGAUUUUGUUAACUUGUUCCAAGAUUUAGGUGUAUAUUUUCAUUCUUGCAGUAUAUGAAACCAAGGACAUCAGUUUUUCGUUAGAGGGAAUAUGUUAAAUGAGAAAGAAUCAGCAUUCAAGAUUCAGACCUUUAAAAUAAGAAGUUUAGAUUUGUGUGAAAUGUUUUCAUUGUAUUUGUACCAGUCCUAAUAUAUAACAGCAAAGCUUGAGUCCUUUUGCAUUGGAAGUAUGCUUUCAUAAGUAAAGGAUAUCCCAUUAAUGAGAAUUUUAACUUACACUAGUGAGACACUUUUCUUUUGUUCAUUAAACUGAGAGCAUAAUAUUAAUAGCAAAUUUGCUAAAUAAGCACAAUGACAGAGGCACCUUCCUCUAAGCUAUUCAGAUUUUCCUUGAUGUAUAUAAGUUGAAAUCAUAUUCUCUCCUUAUCCCCACACAAUAAUUAUGUGUGAGUUUGUAAAAGUAUGUAUGUGGGUAUUGUAUUGCAUUUUCAUACCUAUUUCAGCAAGUAUUUAUUAGUCACCUGAGUGUAGUACUGUUACAGGUGUUACAGAAUUUUUAAAUCAAUGGACAUGGACCAACUCUUCUGUUUAGCAAUGUACAAUCUAUAUAGUGUGUUUCAGUAGCAUAAAACAUACAUAGUCUUAUGCAACAUUAGCAUGUCUGAUCUGGAUAGUUCAUUCAAAAAUAUUUUGAAUUAAUUAUCCAGAAAUUGUCUUUUAGAUGUAGUUACUGUAGGUACUGUUUAAUUUGAUGCAACAUUUACUGAUGAGUGGAGAGAAAGAACUGAUGCAUAAUAAGAAGUAUCUUAGCAUUUUUUUAAGAUAAUUGUACUUUAGGAAAAGAACAUUAUUAAGGAAUUUAAAGCAGUAACGAAGUGAAAAGAAUUCAGUGUUUAUCAGAUACACCAAACUGUUGAUAAUAUUCAAAUGUGAUUUCAAGUUAGUAUUUCCAUAUAUAUUAUUGAUUAAUGGUAUAUUUUUAAGUAUGGAAAUUGUCUUUAAUCUAUAGUUCACAUAUUGGCAGUCACUUUGAUAAUAAUAAAAUGUUAGUGAUGAUCACUUGGUGGACAUUAAGUACUUGUCUUUUGUUUUCUCCUCUGGACACCUAAUUAGAUAUGUGACUUUUUUGGUGAACUUGUUUUUUAAAAGAUUUGGCUGUGCUAUGCAGAGUAUCUUCCUUCAUGUUGUUUUUCCUAAAUUUAAGAAGUAGCUGUUGGUACCAGCAAAGACCAUGUGAGAACAAAAACUAUAUUUUGUUGAAAAACCAGGUAAUUCAGAUAACCCAAAUAUUGGUGGGAAAAAUCCAGAUAAUUUAUUGAACAUAUUAGUAUUGUUUAGACCUUUUUUUGAUCAUUCCCAUUGCAUAUGUUUUCAUUGUGGAAUAGUCAGGUUAAUAUAGAUUCACUUUUAAUAUGCUUUGCAUGUGAAAAUAAUAAAUAUUCAAUAAAAAAGUGAGUUUUCAUUUAUUUUUUCAAUGCUGGUUGUUUUUUUGUCUGUUUUUGUUUUUCUCCUUCCUGUUCUAUUAGUGAACUCCUCUCCAUAAGUUUUAUUUUUUAAGUUAAUGGAUAAUUAUAAUCUAAUUGGCUUUGUAAAUCAUACAGAAACAGUAUGCAGCACUAUAAAAAUAUUUACUUGAUGUAUUAUUUUAGAAGAAGUAAUAUUUUAAGAAAAGAAUACAGUAUUAAGAUCUAAAUACAUUAAUAAUGGGCUUCUUGAAUUGAGAAAUGCACAUAUGUAUUCGCUGAGGAAAUUUUAACUGUCUUUGUGUUUUUAAAGUACAUGGUUUUUUAAUUCAAAAUUGGAACUGUAAAUGAAAUCUAAUGCUGUUUAAAGAAUUUCAGACCUCUCAUAGUUUGAAAAAGAUAAGUAUGACUCUAGAAAUGUGCAAAUCUAGUCUUUGUUUCUUUAGUAAAUGGUUUACAUAA